UUACAUCAAGAGGAUAUUAAUUUAUUAAAACAACAACUAAUCGAACGUGAAACAAAAUUAAAUGAUCUAAAUACAACAUGUAGAUAUUUAACCGAAAUUGAACAAUGUUAUAAUAAUGUACAAAAAGAAUUAACAGAAUUAAAACAAAAUAAUUAUAAAAUAUUUAAUGAACUUGAAGAUAAUUAUCGUUUAAUAUGUUCGCGUAAAGAUUUUGAAAUUGAUUUACUUAAAAUAAAAAUUAAUGAAUUAAAUAAUAAUUUAGAUUCAUUAUCAUACGGGCAAACAUCUUAUCAUAAUAAUCAUCAACAACAACAACAACAACAAUUUUUCAGUUUAAAAUCAACAAAUUGUUCAACAAGUGAAGAAUCAAAUGUUGUAGAUGAAAAUAAUCAAAAUUUUAAAACAAAUAACGAAAUUAUCAUUACGGAAAAACUAGAAUCAUCAACCGAAUCAACAACACCAUCAACAUCGUCAUUAUCAUCUUCGUUGGAAAUUCCGAUAGCAAAAAACAAAUCAACAUUGGAUGAAUCAUUAUUGAAUCAAAAUUCAAUUGAUUCAUUUAACUACCAUACUGAUUAUGAUAAAUUAUCAUCGACAACAACAACAACAACAACAAUAAAUGAAUUAAAAAUGAGACGAAAACAUUCAUUAAAACGUAUAUCAAGCUGUGAUAUUGUUGAUGAUGUACAAUCAUUUGGUAUGCCAUUACCAACCAUUAAUUAUAUGAUGAAUGGUAACAACAAUAACAACAAUAAUAAUUUCGAAGACACAAAAACAACCAGUGUAGAUUGCAAUAACAAUAACAAUAGUCAAACAACAACAACAAAUGAAUUAAUACAAACAGAAAUAUUUCCAUCAUUACCGGAUGUAAUGCUUAGAAAAUUAUGUUUAUUACGUGAAAAUACCUGUAAUAUUGAAAGCUUAAGUGAACAAGAAAUUGAUACAAAAUUUCAUACAUUAUCAUUAGCAUUUAAAACGGAUAAAUUUACCCUUGAACAACGUGUACAAUUAUAUCGUCAUCAACGUGAUAUUGCUGAAAAUGAUGCUAAAAAUGAAUUAAAUCAUUUAAAUGAAUAUGUACAAGAAUUAUAUAGAUUAUUAUUAGGUAGUGAAAGUAAAUAUUUUUAUAAUACAUCAUUAAUACAAUUAAAAGAAUUAAAAGAUAUGUUGGAUAAAAUUGAUAUGCAAGUACAAGUUAUAAAAGCAUCAAUGAUGAAAAUAUCAUCACGUUCAGAAUUAUUUGGUUCAGUAAAACAAGAAGAAAAAUUAAGUACUGCAUUCGAUGUUAUAUUAUUACAUACUGAAAAUCUUAAACGUUCAAAAGAACGUGAUGCAAAAGAAUUGGAUGAUAUGAAAAGAUUAUUAGCUAAUACUGGACAUAGUAAAUAUGAUCAUCAAGAUUAUAAUGAUUUUGAUAAUGGUGGAAAACGUUCAAAAAAUAGAGAUUCUAGAAGAAUCAGUUCAUUGUUGAUGACAAAUCAAUUACAAAAUAUUCAGGUUAGUUAUCAACAAAUAAGUCGUUCUGGAUCUGGUCCAUCAAAUCAAAAUUAUCUUCGUACAAGACGUCUUUCAGUACCGGCGGCAGAAAUUCGUAAUCGACCAAGAUUAUUAGAACUAUUCAAUGAAGCAACAGCCAGACAAUUAAAAGAAAAAGAUAAUCAUAGUGAUAAUGAUGAUGAUGAUGAUGAACAGAUGGCUGCUAUGGCAAGACGUCGACAAAUUUCUUUACGUCAACGAAAUCGUACACUAACUUCGAUUGAUGAUCGAAAAGAAUAUGCUUCCGAUAACGAUGAUGAUGAUAAUGAUAAUAAUGAACGAAAACAAAGUUCAGUAAAACAGGAAACAAAAUCAUUGGAUAAAAAUGAAUGCAAAACUGAAAGACGAAAUGAAUCAACAACACCAACCAAUAGCUGUGAUGAUAGUGAUCAUGCGGAUGAUAAUGAAGGAAACAAUAAUCAUUGUUUUGAUCAUGAUAGCCAUUCAUCAUCGAAUAAUGAAGAAAAAUUAUCCUGUAACAACAGUAUUAAUAAAUGUAAUAAGUUAAAAAUACAAUCAUUUUAUCAGAAAUUGGUUAAAAAAUUAAUACCAUUUGAAGAUCGGACAUGGCGUCGUAAAAUGAUUGAAAAAAUUCAGGAAUUUUAUUGCCUUUUAUGUAUGUUGGUAUUUACAAUCAGAUCAAUCGCAUCAAGUAUAACUGAAAGCAGUAAAUUAAAAUUUCGAAAACUUCGACGCCAGACCAAUUCAUAUGAUAAUCUUCGUUUUACAAUAUCGGCAAUAUUUAUUUUUGUUGCCGCUAUGAUUUUAACAUUUUCUGUUAUUGUUCCAAUGAUUUCAUAGUCAUCAAUCAAUAAUGUAUCCUGUAAAUUUUAAUUUUAAAAAAACAAACUUUUUUAAACGGAAAUAAAAUGAUUUUGUUUAAAAGAUUAGCGGGGUUGUUUUUUUUUUGCUCAACGAUAUCGAUAGUCUCGUCCGUUAUUGCCGGCUAUCAUUCGAUAGUAGCAGUGGUAAAUGAAUGAGUUGG